AUGGACGAUGCUCAGCUCAGCGCCAUCCAGCGGAAAAUGACAAAGGACCAUAAGAGCGCAACCAAUCUCGCUUUCACCGCACUCCUUGGUCUGAGAAAAAUCGGUCCAUUUCUGGGACAGCGUCCUGCUCUUCUCAGGCUCGCUCGCGUCGCACAGGCAUGGAUGGGCAUAUUCAAAUGGAGUGUCUAUCUAUUCUCUGGACGCAUCGAGAGUGCAGACAAAAGCGAUCCACGACGAAGGGCAUCUAUUGACGUGUUAUCUGCCUGCUGGUGCGCCGUAGGACAAUACGACUCAAUACGAGAAACUAUGGUCAGCACUCCUGCGACGAUCGAAAUUGCGACAAGAUGUUGGCUCGAAGAGGAUGACGGCCCCAUCCCAUCUCACGUGGAUGCGCCCGUCGGUACCUGCGUGCUCGGAAAUCUGCUCAAGCAUGCUACGUCCGCGCAGCUCGACAGGGUCCUCAAAAUGACCGGCGGGAAGGCAGACGAGAUCGCAAAAUUGGCGAUAUCCCACCUCCGGGGCGCGCUGACGAUGCGACCCGUGAAUGCAACCCGUUUGGUGAUCUACCUCGACUUUAUCAAUUCGCUGUCCCGCGUCGGUACACACCCGCUGCGCUACGCCCUCCUCGGCGCGAACGUGAUUUGCCCAUUCUUCGACAAGUUGGAUCCGGACGACCUCGAGAUGGUCCUCGGCGUCCUUGGUGACAUCCUACCCCGAUACUGCGUCUACCGCAGCGUCAUCCAGACGAUGGAUGAGCCGAUGAGGAAGAUUGACGGCGGUGCGCAGAAGGAACGCGUGAUGAGGAGCAUCGCAAAGGAUGUGUGGUUUAAGUUCUUCAAGCUUGUCCGUGUAAGGGUGCUGGUCCUGUGGGAGGCCGACACGCACAAAGGCAAACACAUCAUAUGUGAUAAUGUCAAGGAAUGCCAGGCUAUCGCAUGGAAGGAAGGCGAUCACAAGAAUAUGUGCAAAAUGAAGCAGCGUGAGCGAAUGGAGGGUAAAUCGAACCCGAUACCUAAGCGCGAUAUUGCCCUUUUCCACCAGCUCUCGAUGCACCACGCACGCACGCACCUCCCGCGCUUGCGGCGCCGCGCUGUGGCCGAGUUCAGCACAGUGCCACGGCACCGCUUGGUUAUCUGUAUCGACUACACCGUGCAGCCCGCCGUGUACUCGUUGCGGCCGCUCGAUACAUACAACACGGGGCAGACGUCUGGGACCGCAAACACCGAGGCGCGCAACGACGCGUUGAUCGAGGGAGUGCGCGAGAACCCAGAGCGAUACGCACUUAUCGAGUCCAAGAUCGCGUGUGGGCGGAGCCCGCAGUGCGUGCUCACGCUCGCAACGGGCGCGUUCUGGGAGUGGAUGGCGGAGCAGGAUUCUCGCUCGGAUAGCGCGGACGUGGACGACGACUCGGAUUUCGAGGACAAGAUGAACGAUGCGAGGGACGUGCUGAAGGCGUUCGUUCUAAAUAUGGAGGGACAUCUGCCACCAGAGCAGAGCGCGAUCAUCGUCGCGGACUUGGAAGCUGCCCACCUCAAGGAAUCAGAUGCGGAAGCCUACAUACGAAGAAUACCCACCGCGGAGAACAAUGAAUGCCUCACAUGUCUUACGAGAGCGAAGUUCAACAGGAAUCCCAGGGGUUUUAUCGCAGCGGCGCGAAAAGGAUCGGAGACUGAGAUCUACUUUUUAGCGGCACAUCUCUCGGACAUCUUGGACUACAUCAAUCCAGAUGACGCGCUCGACAUAUUCCUCCUGCACAUCGCCGAUGACCGUAUCCCCACUUCUCUUGGUGAUCGACAUUCGAGGCAAGCCGAUAUAGCACUUUGGUCAAUCAUGGGUCUCGGCAGUGCGGUCCUGUGUUUCUCGGAUAAGUCUCCGUCAUUGCGCCGCGUGAUUGAUGCAUGGCCGAGCAUCUUGAACUGGACCGAGUUUUUCUUGAGAACUAGAAUGUCGAAUAUCGGGAAUAAUAACCUCUACAAGCGAGUGGCCCUCGACCAACUUGGAGGAUGCUGGCACACACUCACCUCUCUCCCUUCGAUCCUUGACACCAUGAGAAGCUCACCUACGACUCUGGAUGUUGUGAUGAGGUGCUGGAUAGAAGACGAAGAGACGACAAGCAUCAAUGGACCCCUCUGGUCCACCACGCUCGCAAAGCUUUUGGGCGAGAACGUGGAUCCUGAGCACCUGGACAGAAUCGUCAAGGCGGCGAGAGGCAGGGCGGAUUUGAUCGCCACUUAUGUCCUGUCGCGACUGAGAAUCGCCACAAGUGCGACCCCGGUCAAUCCACGUCACAUUACUGCGUUCGUUCAUUUAAUCGGCAGCAUCUCCUGUGUACAGGACAGCCCAUUGAGUGAUGCCUUGCUCGGGGGGAAUGCCAUAUGGUAUGUGACGAAAGCUCUCCUUAUCAUCUCGAUCAUGGUGAACACAAAGGGGACAAAAGCAUGUGCGGAGGCGAUGAUGAUGUGCUUCCUGUACUUAUCCUGCUCCUUGGAAAAGACAGACGGCGCCGCUUGGGUCUUGCAGGCACUGGAGGCGGGACUACUCUCUGCAUUCGUCAACUGCAGUCAGCACUUCUCAAAACUCAGUGGCGACAAGGAGGACAUCGUCGAUGUCAAGGAUGUGCUCAGCAUCAUCGAGUCCAUCAUCCCACAAUAUCUAGUUUACCGCUCAAUCAUUGAGGAGGCAGACGCAGCCGUAACGAAGAUCAACCGCGGUCCGCAGAAAGAGAGGGUAAUGAAAAGCAUCGCCAAGGAUAUCUGGGAGAGAUUCUCCGCGCUUGUUGAAGAGAGAGCUACGAUCGUCCGACAGGCCGAUGCGUGGACGGGCCUGCGUAUAGUCUGUGAUUAUAUCAAGGAAUGCCAAGCCAUUGGUUGGAUAGGAGGCCACAAGAACGCUUGUGAACGCAUACGUCAGGAACGUAUGGAGGGUAAACCCAAUCGGUUGAGCAAGUCAGACAAUAUGUUUCUCCACCAAAUCGCGACGUGCUACGCGCGAAAUAAUCUACCCGUACUGCACGAGAUGGCUGAGACCGACUACAGCUCGACCCCGAGGUCGCAUCUAGUCAUUCGCAUCGAUUUCACUACUCAACCCGUGAGGUUUACCCUGUGCCCCCUGGCCGAGUACGAGGUUGAGCCAACGCCUGAAUCCAUAGUGGUGGAAACGCAGAACGAGACCAUACUGGCAGGCGUCAAGGAGAAUAUGGGCAGUUUUUGCGGCUGGAUACAGGUCCAUUGGAAGAGAGAAUCCAUUUACCAGAAGCCUGUUGAACAUACUGUGGAACUGGCGGCACCCUCGGCUACUAGGAUGCGUUUCUACGCGCAGUCCUCUACAUGUGUAAUUUCCGAUGGCAUCUGUCUCACAUUUAUGUCUGAAGAACCUUAG